UAAAUAAUUGUCAAAAAGAUAUUUCCAUGGUUCGGUCUCCUCCGUGUCUCCGGCCAAUCUUAACCCUUAAGCGAACGUUUCUCCUCGCGAUCGGUCAUCGAUCCCUUCAUCGCCGCCAUUGAACUCUUUAAACAAUAGGAGUUAAAGAACCUUUGGUUAUCAUGUCUGAUGUACCUUCUUGUUCUACCGGCAACAAUACAAACAGCGAUGAUUCGAGUAACUUUGAAUGUAACAUCUGCUUCGACUUGGCUCAAGACCCCAUUGUCACUCUCUGUGGUCACUUGUUCUGUUGGCCUUGCUUAUACAAAUGGCUCCAUCUCCAUUCAAACUCACAAGAAUGUCCCGUUUGCAAAGCCGUGAUCCAAGAAGACAGGCUGGUUCCUUUGUACGGUAGAGGCAAAUCAUCUACCGAUCCUAGGUCCAAGUCCAUUCCUGGAAUCCAAGUUCCGAACCGUCCAACAGGACAGAGACCAGAAACAGCGCAACCUCCUGAGCCAAACCAUGGUUUUGGUGGUCAUCACGGUUUUGGAGGGUUCAUGGGAGGCUUUGCAGCUGCUCCUGUGGCGAGUGCUCGGUUCGGGAACGUUACGUUGCCUGCAGCGUUUGGUGGUUUGAUUCCUUCGUUGUUCAACCUGCAUUUCCAUGGAUUCCCUGAUGCAGCCAUGUAUGGAGCUGCUGCUGCUGCUUCUGGUAGUUUACCUCACGGGUUCUCGAACCCUUUCCAUGGAGGACACUCGCAUGUGCAUAGUUAUAACCGGUACACGGGGAGACAGGGACAACAAGACCAUCAUUUGAAGGCAUUGCUUUGCUUUGUUUUCAUCGUCGUUGUGUUGUCACUCGUGUUAAGCUAGUGAAGAGAAUCGAUUAGAUAGCUUUGCUUCUACUUGUUUAUUUGAGAACUGUAUGCAUAAAAACCCGGGAAAUUGUGUUAUGGUUUGGCUUGCUUGUAAUCUUGUACUUAGCAAAAUUGUUCAUAUGUGUUAAUAAAUACUACCCUGUCGGAUUCUCGUAAUGAUGUUUCUUCAAGACAUAUGUUGUUUAGAUAAUUAUAUUACCAUGUCCUGGUGGUGGCUUAUAUUGAAUUA